GGUGGGAACUUUGCUACGAGAGGUAACGAAAAAAUCGUACACCAGCCUUCGGCGGAGUUUGUAUAUUGUGAUCAGAUCAGACAGUGUGGGUUAUUGUCAUUUUUUUUUUCGCACAGCCAGGGAAAAAUUUUCCUCGCACCAGCAGCAGCAACAGAGGCAGAAGCAUCAGCUUCGCGGUGGCAGUGGAAUUUUGCAGUCUUGCGCGAAUUUAUGAUGAUUUUUUGAUAGGCAGAUGAAGGAAAGCGUGAAAUUAACCGAUCGUGUCUGAAUUAACUUGUGAUAAAGAAGGUGAAUCGACCGAAAGGCGAUAAAAACGUGACAAGUGAUUUUCAGUGUGGAAAUUUGACAAAUCAGGAAUAGCUUCAAUUCCGGAUGUGAGGCGUUAUUUUUGUGAGGAAGAGAUGCCCUUAGUGAAGUGAAACCUUGCAAGAAUUUAAGAAAAAGGAAACCUUACAAGUGAAUCAGUGCGUACCUUAAGAGAUCGAGUGUUACAUUCUGCACAAACCAAACCAAUUUUCUGACAACUUGAUCCUGUGAAUAGUGCUUCCCAGUGCCAACCAUCAUGAGAAGGUUGAUCCUGUUCGUGGGCUUCCUGGUAACAGGUGUGCUGUCGCAAGGAUUCCUGCAGCCGCCACCAUUCAGACCGGUCUCGUCUAAAAUACAGAGGCGGCAACUAUCCCAGCAGGCACAAUCGCACAUCCUAAGUGACAUCCAGCAACAUCAGCACCGUUUCAACCUACAUCAGAAUCAACGACCAUCGAACGUCAUCAUCCAACCAUCGAUUCAACUGCCAAUUCCACAGCAGUCGAUCAACACGAUCAACCAGCGGCCAUUUUCUAACAACAACAACCCUUUCCAACCAAACUCACCACCAUUCAACAACAAACAACUGCCUCCGCAGGCGCCUCCUAGCAAUUUCAGACCUCCACAAUCAGGCAGACAGCCACACAGCAACUUCGGGGCACAACAAGACACACGACUUCCACCACCACUAUCACCACAGCCAUCAACACAACAGCAAAGACCCGCCCCGAACACGCUACAACAGCCUCAAUCGCAGUUCUUCAACGGGCCCAAGCUUAACAACCAACCCUUCGUGAACGGUGCUUUUCCGGCGGAGAACACAUUCGGAGGCCCACGCGUUCCCGACACACGGCCCCUAACUCCUUCUGUACAAAAUCCAUUCCUACAACCACCUGCCUUCCAGGCACCCCACUCUCCCUCUGCACAAAUACGUUUCCCUUCCAAUGUUCAAGCUCCUCAGGCCCAAGCACUUUUCCAAGCACCUCCCCAACAACCACAGUUCCCUCCUGCUCCACAAUCAUCCUUCGGACAACCGAUUGCUCAACAGUCAUUCGAUACAAACCACCUACGCUCCGAAGUUGUUCCACUAGCCCAACAACCACUACAGACAUCCAACUUCAAUCCAUUCGCUUCUCAACAACACCAACAACAUCAACAACAGCAACAACAACAACAACAACAACAACAACAACAUCAACAACAAUUCAACAGUUUCCCACCAGUUCAAAACGUUCCGAUAUUCGCCCCCACACAAAAUCUUAACUCUCAACCUGGAGUGUUUCCCCAAUUUCAACCGGCUCCUGCUCAGUCGAACCAACAUCAGCAACAAUUCCCGGCUCCUGCUCAGCCGAACCAACAUCAGCAACAAUUCCCAGCUCAUGGUCAAACGUCUCUGAACUACCAACAGCAACAAGAACUAGAAAAACACCUCAAUGAUGAGAGCAUUCGAAUCCGAGAACUCCAAGAGAAGCAGAAAGUCAUUCAGAAACACGAACAGUUCCUACAAAAGCAAUACCAAAAACAACAAGCCAAGGUCCAACAACUACACCAAGAUUUCCUCAAGAAGCAGCAAAAAAUUCUACAACAACAGCAGCAAGACUAUGACACUAUCCGGAAGACUCCCACUCCAUCAUACUCCCAAGCCCUACCAUCCGAGCGAACUGUCUACGAAAAAGCAACAAAAACCUAUCAGAAGCCAACGCCGACUUCCUCAAUUACCAACCCAUCCCCAUCCACCACCGAAAAUAUUCUAUCAGUGAUUCCGAUCAAAUCCAGUAGCAAGAAAGACUACACUACCAUCAGUAAAACCGGCUUAGAUGUCCUUCUACAAUCGAACCGUCAAAAUCUUUUCGAAUCCAUCAAAGCUGAAACCGCCAAACCCACCAAGGCCCGUCCAACCAAGGUUAAAUCUACCAAAGCCCUCGGACGCGAUGAUCUUCUGAAGCAACUGAAACUGGCUCUGGCCGAACAAGGACCUCAAGACCUUGGCAAUAAGAACUACAGCUCAACGGAUCUGGUACUGCCAAAUGGCGAAAAAGUGCAAGUGAUCCGUACCACAGAUCCCGAUAUCAUCAAACGUGCCAAUGCCAAUUCGGAAGCCGUUCUAACUCAGCAGCAUGAUUCACCAACCACCGCUAGGCCUUUGUCUUUCGAUGAGAUUGUCAAAAGCGGUAUUCUUCCUCCUGGUGCUGAUUUUGAAUUGAUAAAACAGUCCGAACAUGGGCAAAUUGAAGAAGUCGGUAAGAUUCCACCCCAGAAGAAGGUCACAUUUGUUUAUCUGGAAGAACAGGACGACGGCUCAUAUAAGGUUCAAGGAGUUAAAGGUAGCAGUGAUAAGGAAACGAAGACUUCCGGGGCUGAUGUAGAUAACAUUUUGAAGAGAAUAAAGAACGGUGAGAUUCAACUGCCACCUUCGUCGAAUAAGGCUAUCAAAAACCUAGCAGUAUUGGAAGGCCCAUCGAGCACAACCACACCGAGAAUUGUACCAGUUCAGAAAGCGAACUCCGUUACAAUAAUUCCUCAUAGCACACCUCUCGAGAACCACCACAACCAUCACCACCACUCAACGAACUUUGUGGCAGAUCACACCAUUCCACGCACUGCCUCUUCUCCUGCAUCGACGACAUAUGUCUCGACUGCAUCCCCUUCUAGCCCAAGCUCCAUUUCAGCUUACUCCCCAAGCUCCGUUUCAGCUUACUCGCCAAGCACCUACUCUGGAAGUACAAUCCCUCAAUCGUCAACCAUCUACCAUUCUACCCAAUCCCCAAUCACCAACUAUUAUCAAAACGAUAAUUCUAUCCUUCACAAUGGAGCCAGUUCCACGUAUGCUACGACGGCAUCGCCACCAACUCCCAUCACCCCCGUUCCCAGUACAACCACCGUCCCUCAGUACUCCACCCAUUCGGAGAACUACAUCUCAUCCUCCACGAUAGCACAGCAUACCGCCAGCUCUAACAUAUACCAGCAGCAAGCCACUGGUAAGUUCGACGUAGUGAUACCAACCGUUUCCGCUCCGAUCACCACCGUGACAGCACAGAAUACCUACCACCAGCAGCAGUCGGAACAAUCAUUGCCUUUAAUACAGCAAUCGCAGCAGCAGCAGGUACAACCAACGCCGCAACCUCAAGAUCCGUCAACGCCAUCGGCGGUCAACCCGAACGAACUGCCAGCAAUUCUCAAGAAAAGCGGACUAUUUGCCAUGGCCAAAUACCUCCGACAGUCUGGUUUGGAUACGAUACUGAACGAAACCGGUCCGUACACGAUCUUUGUGCCGACGGACAAAGCCUUCCGCAGUCUCCUAGUGCAGCUGGGAGGACCGGAGAAGGCCGAAGAGAAGUUUAAGAACAAUCCACGGCUGCUGAGUGGGCUUCUGCUGCAUCACGUUAUCCCAGGAUCGUUUGACAUUGGAUCGCUGCAAGACGAAAUGACCGGUGUUUCGCUGGCCGGAACGCAACUACGAGUGAAUCAGUACAACAUGCACGACUCCGAGUGGAAUGAUGUUAAGGUGACGACAAUCAACGGUGCCAUGGUCGUAUUGGACAAGCAGGACAUUGUCAUCCCACAGGGAAUUGCCCACGCUGUUGACCGAGUAAUGUUCCCUCUGCCAGUCGGUGACAUCCUGCAGACCUUGCAGUCAGACCGAGAACGACGGUUCACCCACUUCCUGCGGGCAUUGUUCGCAUCGGGAAUGUCCGAUACACUACAGAACAAAGGUAUCAAAACGUAUACAGUAUUCGCCCCAACCGAUGCGGCCUUUGCGCACUACUCAACGGAUGAGCUGAACAAACUAGUCACCGACAAGGACCAGGCGGAGGAACUGGUCAAGAAGCACGUCGUUCCAGGCACUUUGUUCACCGCCGGAAUGCGAUUCUACCAAGUUAAAGAUGCCAUGGCCGAAGGCAAGACGGUGACGUUACAGAAGAGUGGAGGAAAAAUCAAAAUCAACGACGGAUACCUACAGACGUCCAACAUUCCUACGACAAACGGCGUGAUACAUGCGAUUGACUCCUUGCUGUAGGACCAAUGUCUUCUUGUCAAAUUCGAAACUCAUGUAUCAUUUUUAAAGAAGAAAUGCCAUCUCCACCAAGUUAGGAUCGAAAUGGAUGGAGACCAACCAAACCACCUAAUUUUCCGAAUUAAGACGUGAAAAUUACCAGUGAACU